AUGAAGCUGGUCGCUGGCUUGCUACGGAUCGGUGCCAAAGAUUGUCGCGGCCCCAAGUUCGUGGCCGGCCGCUCGGCUGCAUUGCGCUUCGCAUCCACGUCUGCGAGAGCAACCACCUCAACUUGGAAAGCAAAAUAUGUAGCCGUCGGGCUGGUGGUUGGGGCGGCCCUGGGAUCUACAAUUUUCACAUCUUCGUCUGACGGGCGAUGGAACGGCAAAGUCCCCAGGUGGCAGGUUGCUCAUGCCGCUCAGCACGGCUCAACUCGCAAGUAUGCUGACAAGAAGACCAUGCUCAAGGCAGUUGACGAAAUCCGUACAUUGCUGGGAGAAGACGCAGUUAGCCUGGAGGACUCGGACAUUGAAGAGCACAGUUUCUCCGAAUGGUCUACAUCCAAUACCGAAGAGAAGCCUGUUGCCAUUGUCCGGCCACAGUCAACCGAACAAGUGUCUGCCAUUGCAAGGGUUUGCACAAAGUACAAGGUGCCAAUGGUUCCUUACGGCGCCGGUUCGAGCGUCGAAGGCAAUUUCAGCUCCCCCUACUCAGGCAUUUGCAUCGACCUGUCGAGCAUGGACAAGAUCUUGGCAUUCCACCCCGAAGACUUGGACGUGGUGGUUCAGCCUGGGGUGAACUGGACCCAGCUGAAUAACGACAUCCGAGAUUCCGGCCUAUUCUUCCCUCUGGACCCAAGCCCCACUGCCCUCGUUGGAGGCAUGGUAGCAACCAACUGCAGCGGUACAAACGCGACCAGAUAUGGCACCAUGAAGGACUAUGUCGUGAACUUGACGGUGGUUCUGGCGGACGGUUCGGUUAUCAAGACCCGCAACCGCCCUCGCAAAACGUCGGCAGGAUACAACCUGAACGGCCUCUUUACUGGCUCGGAGGGGACUCUGGGCAUCAUUACGGAGAUUACUCUCAAACUAGUCACCAUACCUGCUUGCCAUAGCGUUGCCACAGUCACGUUCUCGAGUAUAAGACAAGCCACCAGCGCCGCAUCCCAUAUAAUUCGGUCCGGGGUACCGGUGGCUGCCCUGGAGCUCAUGGAUGAAGUACAAAUGCAAAUCAUCAACAAGAACGGAGGCUCUGGAGGCCGGAUGUGGCCGGAAUCCCCCACGCUAUUUAUCAAAUUCUCUGGGACUGACGGCACGGUAAAGGACAACAUCAAGUCUGUCCAGGCGAUGGUGAAGUCAUUCGAUUGUAGAUCCUUCGAAUUCGCGAGCACCCGCGAGCAAAUGGAGUCCCUGUGGUCGGCUAGGAAACAAGCCCUCUGGUCGUCACUAGCGGUAAAACCAGCAGGGACCAAAGUUUGGUCCACCGAUGUUGCCGUGCCGAUUUCGCGCCUGGCCGAGCUGGUUGAACUUUCCAGAGAAAGAGCCGGCAAGCUUGGUUUGUUCAGCAGCUUGCUCGGCCAUGUUGGUGACGGAAACUUUCACCAGAUGAUCAUGUACAACCCAGACGCUCCGCAAGAGAAGACGGCGGUUGCCGAGUGCGUGCAUAUGAUGGUGAGGGAUGCGCUAGCCAUGGAAGGCACCGUUUCGGGUGAGCACGGAAUCGGACUCGGGAAGAAGCACUAUUUGGCCGAGGAGUUGGAUGGGCCUACCCUCGGGGUCAUGAAGGCGUUGAAAGACACGCUUGAUCCGCACUGGUUGCUAAAUCCUGGCAAAAUGUUCGACGAAUGA